GCAUGUUCGACCAAUAGGCUGUCUCUCAUCUCGCCGAAAGAAAGCCGACAGCAGCCGAACGCUCGGGAGUUUACGGAUUUGUCAAAGACAGAAGUCCUGAGACGCAACAUGUUUAAGACUGGCAGAACCCCACUCGUCCUUCUCGACGUUACCUGCCUUAUCCUCGGUAUGUAGCCUACGUACCAUACUGUUGUUGUUGGCAGUGUCAAGGCCUAUAGUUCCCUUUUCUGUGAGAAGUUAUUCUGCACUAGCCCACUGCAGCCUAAACACCAGUCCUACUGAGGUAUCUCUUUAUUACAGCUCUAUUGCAAAUAUGCUUUGCUUAGGUGCAUGGGUAACUAACAAUCAGUGUCUAUGUCUGUGAAUGAAUGGGUGUCCUAUUCCGCUGCUGAUCCAUUCCAGUGAUCAUCCACUAGAGAUAGGCUACACUGCUGUGGUCAAUAUCACUGUUAUAAUAGCAUACAAGACAACACACAGUAAGACUGUAUAAUAUAAUAACCAGGAGUUUUUCCUUACCAUGUCUUGACCAGGUAAUAACUUUGUGCUCUAGUUUUAGCUAGGCUAUAACUUAGCUUAUAACCUUACAUAGCAUGCAUAGGAAAACGCCUGAGCAGAGUCCCCACUUCCGUUUUUCAGGGGAAACAAAAGUUAUGUUGAAAAUACUAUAUACCUGAAAAAAAAGAAACAUCCACUUUCAUAACCUAUAGCCUAUAUUGUAUGAGAUCAUUCAGACCCGCAAGGUUUAUUUGAAUAUAGCCUUCUGGUUGUGUAUUAAACAAGAGAGUCAGAGGGGUAGAUCUUGGGUUCAGUUAUUACAUUUGACCAGAACAUGAUCAUGCCAUUAUCAGUAGUUUUCCCCCCUGGGUUUAUACACUGAGUGUACAAAACAUUAGGAACAGCUAUGUCAUGCUCUUUUCAUUGACAUAGAUUGACCAGGUGAAUCCAGGUGAAAGAUAUGAUCCCUUAUUGAUGUCACUGAUUUGAGUGUGUCAAGAACUGCAACGCUGCUGGGUUUUUCACACUCAAAAGUUUCCAGUGUGUAUCAUAAAUGGUCCACCAUCCAAAGGACAUCCAGCCAACUUGACACAACUGUUGGAAGUAUUGGAGUCAACAUGGGCCAGCAUCCCUGUGGAAUGCUUUCGACACCUUGUAGAGUCGAUGCCCCGAGGAAUUGAGCCUGUUCUAAGGUCAAAAGGCUGUGCAAAAUAAAAAUUGGGGGGAAGGUGUUCCUAAUGUUUUGUACACUCAGUGUCUGUCUAAAGUGUAUAUGAGUGAUUCUCAAAUUGGGGUACAUUUUUGUGUCCCUCGACUGCAAAGAUGGAGUCUUCAGGGGUGGACUUAGUGAUUUGGAGGCCUCAGGCAGAAGCCUACCUUUCAUCAAGGAUACUCAUGUGUAUCCUACCACGGAGGAGUUUCGAAAUCUUCCACACCCCCUUUGAAUCAGCUUUUGUUUUGUCAGAGGAUAAAAACAUGCACACAUUUAAAAAUAAUAUGCUACUUAUUUUUGUAAUCUAUAAAAUGUAUUGUAUUCUACCAUGACAUAGUUCCUGUGCAUUGUUUCACAUGAUAUGAUUGCAAGUGUGACUUUCAUUUAAAUUAAACUGCAGCAAUGAAGCGCUUUCAGAGCGGGACAGAGAAAAUAAAAAAAAAGAAGAUUUUAACAGAAAAAUGACCUACAGUGGCUUCAGAAAGUAUUCACACCCCUUGACUUUUUCCACAUUUUGUUGUGUUACAACCUGAAUUUGAAAUUGAUUAAAUUGAGAUGAUGUGUCACUGGCCUACACACAACACCCCAUAAUGUCAAAGUGGAAUUAUGUUUAUAGACAUUUUUACAAAUUAAUUAAAAAUGAAAAGCUGAAAUGUCUUGAAUCAAUAAGUAUUCAACCCCUUUGUUAUGGGUUCAGGAGUAAAAAUAUGCUUAACAAGUCACAUAAUAAGUUGCAUGGACUCACUCUGUGUGCAAUAAUAGUGUUUAACAUGACUUUUGAAUGACUACCUCAUCUCUGUACCCCACACAUACAAUUAUCUGUAAGGUCCCUCAGUCGAGCAGUGAAUUUCAAACACAGAUUCAACCACAAAGACCAAGGUUUUCCAUCGCCUUGCAAAGAAGGCCACCGAUUGGUAGAUGGGUAAAAAAAAAGGAGAGAUUGAAUAUCCCUUUGAGCAAGGUGAAGUUAUUAAUUACAUUUUGGAUUGUGUCAAUACAACCAGUCACUACAAAUAUACAGGCGUCCUUCCUAACUCAGUUGCCAAAGAGGAAGGAAACCGCUCAGGGAUUUCACCAUGAGGCCAAUGGUGACUUUAAAACAGUUACAGAGUUUAAUGGCUGUGAUAGGAGAAAACUGAAGAUGGAUCAACAACAUUGUAGUUACUCCACAAUACUAACCUAAUUAACAGAGUGAAAAGAAGGAAUCCUGUACAGAAUACAAAUAUUCCAAAACAUGCAUCCUGUUUGCAAUAAGGCACUAAAGUUAAACUGCUUAAAAUGUGGCAAAGAAGUUAACUUUAUGUUCUGAAUACAAAGCGUUAUGUUAUGUUUUGGGGCAAAUCCAACACAACACAUCAUUGAGUACCACUCUUCAUAUUUUCAAGCAUGGUGGUGGCUGCAUCAUGUUAUGGGUAUGCUUGUCAUCGGCAAGGACUAGGGAGUUUUUUAAUGAUAACAAUUAAUGGAAUAGAGCUAAGCACAUGCAAAAUCCUAAAGAAAAUCUGGUUCAGUCUGCUUUCCAACAGACACUGGGAGAGAAAUUCACCUUUCAGCAGAACAAUAACCUAAAACACAAGGCCAAAUAUACACUGGAGUUGCUUACCAAGACGACAUUGAAUGUUCCUGAGUAGCCUAGUUACAGCUUUGACUUAAAUCAGCUUGACAAUCUAUGGCAAGACUUGAAAAUGUCUGUCUAGCAAUGAUCAACAACCAACUUGACAGAGCUUGAAGAAUUCUAAAAAUAACAAUGUGCAAAAUUGUACAAUCCAGGUGUACUUACCUAAUCAAGAUAUAUUAGUGUUUUAUUUUUCAUUAUGGUAAUUUUUUCUCUCUCACUUUGACAUGACAGACUAUGUUGUGUAGAUCAUUGUCAAAAAAUGACAAUUAAAUCCAGCGUAGCGUCUGUAGGCCUCAAGCGGGAAAAUUAUUAAUUAUUAUUUGUAAUUAUGUCCAGCUCACGAAGCCCCUUAAUGAUGUGUGGCCUGAGGCAAAUGGUAAGUCCGCAACUGGUCUUGAUCUAAACUCGGUUUGGAUAUGGGUCUUGAUACUCUGGGUAAGGGUCUUGGUCGCAUUUAAUGGUUUUUCGACAAGACCAUCGUUUUUGUAGUCUCUGUACUCAUGUUGUCAACACUGAGUACUGUGUCUUGACAAUACUUGUCAGAGUUAUGUGACUAAGUAGUUGUGAGACAACACAAACAUUUCUUAUUUUUAUGAUGUUUUAAGAUAGUUGACCUGGGUCUGGUCUGGUCUUGUUCUUUUCACAGAGUUCUGGUUUUGAUUCCAUCUCUGCUCAAUGACAUAAACAAACUUAUUUUUCUCAUACUAUAGUAGUGUUAUACUGUCAUUCAUUACACAAAAUCACAAAAUCCUGCACCAUCUUUAGUUACACAAAAAGAAUGAGCAAAAACAAGAAACAACUCAAACCUCUAAAAAACAGUGUUUUGGUGAUUACCCUUUGGCCAAAUCCCUAUAUUUCAGAUCAUGAUCCUAAGAAUAAGGCUAAACUGAUCCUAAAUAUGUGUCUACGUGCAACGUGGAGCACUUUUAAAACCCUUGGAGCAAUGUUCUAUGCUGGAAUUAUUCUGGAAUUUUUUUCACCCUUUGUGAUCAAUUAGAAGCAGUCAGAAUGUUUAACAAAGAUGGCAUAUGGUGUCCAUACUCCCCAACAUAACAGGACAAGCUCUAAUCAAAGACCUGUGACUGCUAGUUAUCUCAUUUUGGCUGGAAUCUGCUGACGUAGUGGAAUGUGCCUUACUGGCCAGAAUCAGGACAGAGGGUGGAAUGGAUAGCUAAUUAAAGCACUCCUAUUCACGUACACUCUAAUGCUUAGAACAAUGAAUGGUUGUGUAACCUGCUUGAUUCAAACAGGAAAUGAAGUGAAGUUACUGUAUCUUUGAAGAGAGGAAGUGGGUUGAAUAGAAGGAUAUAUUAAGAAACAGCAAACCUACUUUGAACUUACAAAAUACUUGAAGUUUAAAUACUGUUAAACUUCGAAGCUGAUGAACACUAACACUGUGAAUUGGAAACAGUGGGCCGUACUAGUGUAUGUAGCCUUCUGCGCUGUACAAAUUAAUGAUACAAGAGAGACAGAAAGAGAUAUCAAGAUAUCAAGACAUGGAAUUCUACUGCCACUCUUUUGAACUUUUUUUUCAGCAUUUGCUUUCACUGUCUGCAUUCACUACUCCUGGGCCACAGCAGCACCCCCACAAACUAUUCUAUAUUUUUCUGUUAGUGUGGUUGAGAAUGCCAGGCUUCUGACAUUGGUUACCAAUGGGUAAUAUCCCAUUGGUAUCACAUUGGAUAGUUAUGCCUAGAUUUCCAUAUUUCUCUUGGUAAAGGCCUAAUGUUGUGGACAGUGAAUUAAAGGGCGAGAUAGAAAUCAUAUGAGAGCAGAGCAGUGUGAGAAAGUGAUCCUAUCUGUUAGAGGUCAGUUAGACUGUGUGCCUGAGUGAGUCUGACUGACAUUAUUACAGUGCCAGAAGCAUUUAGACAUCCAUGCCAACAUCUCCAUGACAACUCUGUCAAAUCAUGUUAUCAUUAGUUAGGUCAGCUAACCUCAACUGAAACAUCCCACGCUGACUCAUCGACUGGCUAGCCUGGGUGCCAGCCAGUCUAUUUCACCGAAGUUAGGCACAGCUCUCGUUCAUUUUAGAAACAGCUGUUCUGUGAUUUUCCUAUGGUUUUUGGCCAGUUAUGGUGGUUGAUGUGCUGUCCACUCACAUCCCGGACUCUAUUAGUUAUUUAGAAGACUCUACCUUGGAUAUUGUUUUGUAUCAGGUUUUGCCUAGCAAGUUCAUUUCUCCUGUGACUUUUGAAAAAAAAAAAGUUUGGUCAAAAGCUCGUUGUAAAGAAUUACGAAAGAUAGUUUGAAUAAGGAGACUAUUGCUGAUUAUCUCUCUCUUUCUUUGUCUCUCUCUCUCUCCAGUUGGACUUCCCUUUGCGAUCCUCACCCCUCAGCACAAUCCCUUCAAAAGGGGUUUCUUCUGUAAUGAUGAGUCCAUCAGAUACCCCCUGAAAGAGGACACCAUAUCCUAUCAGUUACUGGGGGGAGUCAUGAUUCCUUUCACACUGAUUGUGGUAAGACAUUACCUCUGCCCUGUUCUCAGAUAUUCUCUUAAAAAUAUCGGCAUUUGUGUUUUAAAGGUUUGUGGUAAAACUACAAUUAUAUGAGACAAUAUGUUAAUAUAUUCAAUUGACCUCAGUUAAAGAUCACUUUCUUGCUUUUACAGGUGGUCAGUGGUGAGUGCUUUGGCGUCUAUAUGACUCGUCUCAAGACCAAAUCAUCCUUGGGGACUAACUACGUGGCGUGCGUUUAUAAAGCAGUGGCCAGCUUCCUAUUCGGGGCUGCUGCUAGCCAAUCACUGACGGACAUUGCCAAGUACUCGAUUGGUCGACUGCGGCCCCACUUCCUGGCUGUGUGUAAGCCUGUGUGGGACCGCAUCAACUGCAAGGCCGGAGGCUACAUCGAGAACUUCACCUGUACCGGGGACAAGAACAUGGUGGAUGAGGCCAGGUACAGUAAGGGCUCCUCGGGUUACAUCUCAAAGCCUGGGAUACAUCCCAAGAGAAGGCAUUGCUGCAAAAUCAUAACUGCAAAAUCUUAACUGGGAAAUGCGAGCUCAAAUGGUGUUUGCGAUGCUGUAGCUUCCCCUAAUCUAUUUUGUCUUUUUUUUUUUUUUUAACAGGCUUUCCUUCUUUUCUGGUCACUCAUCUUUCUCUAUGUACUGUAUGCUGUUCCUUGCAGUAAGUAUAGUAGAUCAUUGUUACAUACGUACAGGGAGGCUACAACAGUUCCUUCGUCCCUGAGCAAUAGUUCCCUUUCAUGAUGUUGAUGGUGUCCUUCUGCCCUCUCUUGUAGCUGUACAUCCAGGCCAGACUGCAGACAGAGUGGGCCAGGCUCCUCAGACCCACCAUCCAGUUCUUCCUGAUCGCAGCGUCCGUCUAUGUGGGGCUGUCGCGCGUCUCCGACUACAAACACCACUGGAGUGACGUACUUACUGGCCUCCUGCAGGGGGCGAUAGUCGCAAUACUCACGGUGGGUAGCUAGCUAUAGGCUAUGGUUUAAUACAGCAAUGAACAGGCUAACACCAGGGGCACUGGCACAAGCCCAGCCAAUUAAGAUAAAAACAUAAAGUAAAUGUAUAGGCACUGAAGUUCAUUACUCACAUUGACACAGGUACUGUAGCUAGUUAUAAUAGUGGGCACAUGAUGUUACUGCAUUCAACAGUGCUACAUCAUUUCCUAUCCAAGCAAAUGCUGCAAUGUCCUGUUUGGCAAGGCAAUGACAAGUUGGCUGAUGCAGAAACAGACUGGCACCCAGGCUGAGAGAAUGUCCAUUUGUUCCUUCGCUAACAAACCAUGUAUUCCCUUUCCCUUUCUCAUUCCCUUAGAGACAACAUCACAUACAUUCAUGGUUAUAUCACUGUAAGUUGUUUUCUCAGUUUCAGUCUCCAUUGUAUAAAGAAAAAUAAUGUCCUCUGCUCUACCAACACAGGUGUUCUAUGCAUCUGACUUCUUCAAGAGGCCUGUUGAUCCAGUAGAGAUACAAGAGGAGACAUCCCAAACCAGUCUCCAGGACAACCCAGAUAAUGAGAACCACUAUGGAAGCACAGACUGA